CUCGUGAGCGCGCACAGCUGAUUCUCUCCGGCGGAAUGAAGAUGAGGCAAACGGGAAUUCUCCGGUAUGAUGAAGUUAAAGCGGGAAUAUGAAUCAGAAGACGAUGGUUCAGCUCAUGUUUAUCAUCAGAUCAUGUGAUGCAGUUAAACAUCUGAUGGAGGAAACACAGUUUUAGUGUUUCUGUCAUGAACUGCAACAACUACACAACCAAACGCUCCAGCAAGAGACCAGUGCUGUUGAAGGUGGACGGCGGUUGUUUGAGACUGUUUGACAUUCAUGAUGACAUGCCACAUCUGUGCAGUUCUUCACAUUGCAUCCGUCACUCUAAAUUGUGCGGCUUCAUCCUGGUCUGCGUCAUCACAGCGUGUUACGUGUUGUCCGGCGAGAGGAAGAGUCUGCUGAUCACUCCUGCGGCGCACACGCUGCACUCUGAGGACUGUCUGGAGUCUGUCUGCGCAGACGCAGUCACUCAGCUGCUGCAGAACAUCAGAACUAAAGUGACGUUCAAGCGUAGAAUGCUUCCUGACGUCACAGAGCUGCGCAGACGUGAGACUCACAUGUUCUCAGUGAUUCCACAGAACUUUCUAGCACAUGUUAAAAACCCGUGCUGGUUUGAGGAGCAGCGUGGAGACGUGACCGCAGAUCCGUACACAUCAAACCUGUACAGCCGCUACUCCAGACAGAUGCGUGUGGUCUUCCAGUACCUGAAGAGUGUGUUCAGAGAGCGCUUAAUACUGCGUGAUGGCAAACUCGCUCGCCUGCGCUGUCUGCCUCACUUCUACAUCAUCGGUCAGCCCAAGUGCGGCACGACGGAUCUGUACGAGCGGCUCAAACUGCAUCCUGACGUCCGGGCCACGGCACUCAAAGAACCGCACUGGUGGAGUAGAAAGAGAUUCGGAAUCAUUCGUCCUGGUGAAGGUCUUCACUCUCGAUUUCCAGUGGAGGAUUAUCUGGACCUGUUUGAUGUCGCUGCUCAUCAGAUACAGAAGAGACUUCAGCAAAACUCCAGCAGCAACAUCAUCAUCGGUGAUGCAAGCGCGUCCACCAUGUGGGACAACAACGCCUGGCUGUAUCUCCAUGACAACAACACAGAGGCGGAGCCUCCGUCACUCAUUCAGGACUUCAUUCACGUGCUGCAGCCUGACGCCCGAUUCAUCGUUAUACUGAGGGACCCUGUGGAGAGGUUGUAUUCAGAUUAUUUAUACUUUGGCACGUCUAAUAAAUCAUCAGAUGAUUUCCAUGAGAAAGUGUUUGAAUCUCUGCAGAUGUUUGAUGUGUGUCUGCAGCACGCUAGUCUGAGAGCCUGCGUGUACAACAGCACACUAAACAACGCCAUGAGUGUGCGUUUGCAGGUGGGCUUGUAUGUCAUGUAUGUUCUGGACUGGUUGUCUGUGUUCUCUCGUGAGCAGCUCUUAGUUUUGCGUUUGGAGGAUCACGCUUCAAACCCGUCCCGCAGCAUGAACAGAAUCUUCCGUUUCCUGCAGAUAGGAGCCGUGUCGAAGCAGAGAUGGAGAGAAAUCACUAAACGACCAGCGUCAAACACCAGACGUAUGUCUGACAGGAAUCUGGGGCCGAUGCGUCCGGUCACACGAGAGCUGCUCGAGCAGUUUUACGCUCCGUUUAACCAGAAACUGUCUGAAGUUCUGCAGGACGAAUCGUUUCUGUGGGACAGUCGCUCUGAACACGCGUGAUGUCUGGGAAACCUGCUCGACACAAGAACUUUCAUACAGAGAGAUUUAAAUUAUUAUUACUUUUAAGAUUCAUAGUGCAAAAGCUUUCUGGAAGAUGAUUGUUUUUAAAAUGAAUUAUUCAUGAAUGUAUCUGAAAAUAUUUUUUGUGAAAGUAUUUUUUUCAACAACAGAAAAACAAUGAAACAAA